AUGAAGGUAUGGAGCCGCCUCCCGUCACGGCCGCCGCCGCCGCUGCUGCCGCCGGCGGCGGCCCCGAGCGCCUCUUCGACUCCCACCUACCUCUUCGACUCCCACCGGCUGCCGAGCGAUGGGCCGCUGCCGGUGCUGCUGGCGCUGCUGCUCUAUGUGCCGGUGGGGCUGUGCCUGCUGCUGGUGCGGCUCUUUGUGGGGCUGCACAUCUUCCUGGUCAGCUGUGCGCUCCCGGACGGCGCCCCGUGCAGGUUCCUGGUGCAUGCCAUGUGCUCCGUGCUGGGGCCUCUUCGUGUGGCAGAGGGCCGCGCAGCGCCCGCAUCCUGGUGGGCCAACCACGUCACGCCCUUCGACCACAACGUCCUGGGCCUGCUGGCCUCCUGCAGCGCGCCCAUGCUGAACGGCGCCACCGGCUUCCUCUGCUGGUCCCGCUUCUUCCUGGAGGUGGCCGGCGCCGAGAGCCGCGCGGAGCUGCUGGAGUCGCUGAAGGGCUACUGCUUGCAGGGCGGCAAUCCGCCGCUGCUGCUCUUCCCCGAGGAGGAGACCACCAACGGCCGGGUGGGCCUGCUGCGUUUCAGCUCCUGGCCCUUCUCCAUCAUGGACGCGGUGCAGCCAUUGGCUCUGCAGGUCUGGAGGCCCUUCGUGGCUAUGAGCGUGGCUGGCGCUUCCUGGUUCACUGAGCUGCUUUGGACUUUUUUCGUUCCUUUCACCGUUUAUCAAGUAAAGUGGCUUCCCUAUGUGUACAGAGAAGCCGAGGAGACCCAGGAAGAGUUUGCCCUGCGAGUUCAAGAGCUUCUAGCUCUGGAGUUGGGCGUGGUGUCUACGUGCCUCACAGCCGCUGACAAAUUGUCUCUCUGCCCCCCCUUUCCAAUCAACCCCCUAGCUCAGCGGUCCCCCACAUUUGGCUCAUCUCCCUUCACGCAAGCCACAGCUAAACUCGCACGCUGCUCGCCCAAAUGGAACUUGCCUGCCAUCUCUGCAGCUUGGUUCCAAACAGGCGACUGUCAGUACUGA